AUGUCCUCCGACGCUCCAAAGUUGUUCCACUCCAAGCUAGCUGCUCACAUCUCCUCAUACACUCCUGUGGCUCAGAUUCUCUCGUACUUGGCUACCAUCUCGAUUGUAUCAUACGCUUACAAGGCCUACGUGGUUCCAGCCAUUGACGUGGUCAACACGAAGGUCCUCUCGCAGGCUCCCGUGUCUCCUUACCUCUCGGCCGUUGACGCCAAAGCCGACAGUUUGUUGUCUACCUACUUCGACGGCUACAUUAUUGGCCUCCCCCUUAAGACCGUAUCCUACGUUGACAGCACGUACGUCAAGCCUACAAACGACUACUUGAUUGCUGCUCACAACAAGUAUUUUCCUGAAACGGCCUAUUCUGCUAAGGCCAGUUCGGGUUCCGUGGAGACGUUCGCGGCUGUCAUCAACAGUAUUUUCACCUCGUUGAAGACCAAGGUUUCUUCCAAGUCGUCCGAGAUCUCGACGUCGUUGAUUUCUACCUACAAUGCCGAAUUGAGCACUACCAAGGAAGGCUCCUUGAUCGCUAAGAACUUGGAAGCCUCGUACAACACCGCUACUAAAACCAUUAAAACCUUGAACGACGACUAUAUCCAGCCUUUGAAGAUCCAGACCCAGGGCUACGUCGCCGAAGUGACUUCUUCUACCAGAAGCAAGGCCGAUUCUUUGAUUUCUGAGGCUAAGUCCACUAUCAACCCAGCCUUGCAAACCAUCAGCGAAAAGACUACCUUGUUGAACGGCUCGGCUCCAGUUGUCUCUGCCUCCGCCUAG